GAGCUGGGGAAGCGGGCGGUCGGACUGGAUGUAGCAGCUGAAAUUGCAGAGCGCUGGUAAAGAAUGGCAGUGAGGCUGUAGAGGGCUUUGCGGGCACUGCAGGAGAGCUGAAGCGCUGAGGGAACGUGUGGGUGAUGAAAGCUGGCAUGAGGAGCUCGGAGAGGAACGCUUGAGCAGAUCUAGAGGAAAUUACAUGUUUUUUUUCUCCAAGCGAGGGAUGGACCUGCUACUGCUGCUGCUGGUGGUGGUGCUGGGGCUGUGUGGCAGUGCCAGGACUGUGUGGCACAACCAGCGGAACGGCCUGGCUCACGCACAGGCGGGCACAGUGCCCAGAGCGGCCAGCAGACACAGGAACUGGUGUGCGUACGUGGUGACGAAGACGGUGAGCUGUGUUGUUGAAGACGGAGUGGAGACGUACGUAAAACCUGAAUACCAGCCGUGCACAUGGGGGGUGCAGUGUGCACGCUCUGUAAUGUAUCGAACUUACAUGAGGCCCAGAUAUAAGGUGGCCUACAAAAUGGUGACAGAAAUGGAGUGGAAAUGCUGCCAUGGAUUCAGUGGAGAGGACUGCAAUGAUGGAUCUGCCACCCAGAUAUCCACAGCCAGACCAUGGCCUAAGCCCUCAAACCCUGGACACACGGGUUCCAGCACAGGCACUGGGCAGAGCGGAGCAACUGGGAGAGGUGACAGUGAAAAGAUGAAGCAGCUUGAAGACAAAAUUCAGAGUCUGACAAAAGACCUCCACGACCUGCAAUCAACUUUACGUGGCAUGAACGAGAGGUUUCAGGAGGAGAUGCGUAAGCCUGGCUUUGGUAACGGUGCCAAAACGCCAGCCGAUGCAGCCCAGCCUGAGAUGAAAGAGACCAUUCACAACAUCCAGACCAAGCUAGACCAGCUGGACAACAGAACUCAAGCUCACGAUAAAACUCUGGUCAGCAUCAACAACCACCUUGUGAAUGGCAGAGGAGGAGGGAAUGAUUUGGAUGUGGAAGGUGGUGAAGAAGGUGGUGGAUUUAACACCAUGAAGGAGGAGAUUCUGCAAGAAUUGGAGCACAGAGUCACUGUUUCAUGUUCUGCUUGCCAGGCUGGGGUGGAAGAUUUGAGGAAGCAGCAGCAGAGGGACAGAGAGCACAUACUAUCUUUGGAGAAGCAGAUUAAUGCCAUGGACCAGCGGCACCGCCAAUCUCUGGACAGCUUGCGUAGAGACCUGAGUCGAUCUCAAAGCUGCUGUGAUUCAGUCAUGGACCUCAGAGAAAGACUUGGCGAAGUGGACAAAAAGCUAAUCCAAACAUCAGAGACUUGCGAAAGUCUGCAGGAUCGCAUGGACAAGAAGCUGAGAGAAACUGGAGUUGGUGGAAGUGUUGGAGGAGGAAUAGGUGGAGGUGGGCUGGGGCCAAGAGUAACAGAGGACACCUUCAAUGAUUAUUUGAGAGAUCUAGAAAGGCGGCUUAACAACACUGUUCAAAGGACGGAAGAGAACUACGCCUACCUGGAGAAUGACUUGAAGGAUUUGUUCCACAAUGAGCUGAGAAACCUGCGGAAUGACAUCAGCAAUCGCCUUGAUCACCAAGAUUACAAGAUUGCAGAAGUGGAAUUGGACCUUGGGGUUGUCAAAGAGACUGUGUUUGAUCUGGACAAGCGCUUGUCCCGGCUGGAGAAUGUCACAUCUCAUCUAGACAGGAGGAUAAGUGAAUGCUCUUUGUGCUCUGGAUCUGGGGGCGUCUCUGGAACUGGCACAGGUUCCAAACAAACCCCAGGAGGAAGUGGUGGCAGCAGCCCAGAGGAUACAGUGAAGUCUCUGGAAUGGAAGGUUAUUGCCAAUGAGCACGAGAUCAAGAGGUUCGACACAAGACUAAAAGACCUCUCUGUGUCCGGAGACUCUCUCAUGGACAAAAUAAUCGACCUCAGCCACGAUAUCCGCAAGAUUAAAGCACUGACUGGGGACAACGGGGAACAUUUCAACAGAAUUGUAACUGAGAUUGAGAACUGUGAUCUUUGCAGGUCAGUGCAAGAUGAUGUGAAGAAACUGAAGAACAUCACAAACCAUGUUCUGGACAAGUGGCAAACUGAUAUGAACUACAUAAAAGGGAAAGUCAAUUCUGGACAGACAGUGUGCUCAGAGGUGUGCUCUAACCUGCAAGAGGAAGUCGGUAAACUGAAGGAAGAGGUACAGAAAUGUGGAGGGCAGUGCAAGAUUUCUUUGGAGACUCCCACUGGAACAGGAACCGAAAGUGGUCUGGAUCACUCGCAGAAACCUCUCGAUGGACAUAGCGUCAUCAGCAGCAACCAUGGCAACCUCAGGUCUAUCCAGGGACAGUUGUCUGAGGUCAUCUUGACUUUUAGCUCCAUCAAUGACACUCUGAAAGGGUUGGAGCACAGCGUCCACAAACACGACAGCGUGAUCACUGAUCUGGGUAACACCAAGGACAAGAUUAUCUCAGAGAUUGACAAGAUCCAACAGGAGGUGACAGAGCACAUAGAGGACAGCAAGCUGCGUUUUGACAACAUGGACCAGGACGUGAAGCGCUUUGGGAACAACUUUGUGGUAGAGAUGGGUGACUGCAAGAGAACCGGCGAUGGCCUGGACAAGAGACUUUCCAAACUUGAAGGAAUCUGUGGCCGGCUGGACUCUGUUUCUGACAACUUGCAGAAAAUCAAAGAAGGCCUUAAUAAGCAUGUGUCCAGCUUGUGGAGCUGUGUCAAUGGACUUAACGCUACAGUGACCUCCCACAGCAGUUUCAUUGACACCAUCCAGGACACCCAUCUGGACGGCAUCCACGGCAAGAUCAAGCAGCUCAACUCUUCUCUGCUCCACAUUCUCAAGCAGGUCCAGAGCAUAUACCUAACAGAACAAGACCUAACAGGUCUACCUGGCCCACCAGGCCCUCAGGGAGAAAGAGGAUAUCCAGGACUUCCAGGACCACAAGGGCCACCAGGAAAGGAAGGACCACUUGGUAAACCAGGUGUGGAAGGACCAAGAGGACCACAAGGUUCCACGGGGCCACAAGGUCCUCCAGGUGAAGAUGCCACCGUCCCGAGUAUCUCCUUCUCUGCCGCUCUCACUAAACCCAUGACUACUUCUGGAACUAUAGUCUUUGAUAAGAUCUUUGCCAAUAAAGGAGGUUUUUAUGAUCCAGAAACAGGCAUCUUCACAGCGCCUCGAGACGGGUACUACUUCUUCAGCGCCAUCCUGACGGGCCACAAGAACGAGAAAAUCGAGGCCGUCCUGUCCAAGGCAAACUACGGUGUGGCGCGUGUGGACUCCGCAGGAUACCAGCCCGAAGGCCUGGAGAACAAACCGAUGGUCGAAGCCAAACCGACGCCCGGCUCUCUGGCUGUUUUUAACAUCAUCCUGCCCCUGCAGGCGGGCGAUCCUGUCUGUGUUGACCUGGUGAUGGGUAAACUAGCCCAUUCGGUGGAGCCUCUCACCAUCUUUAGUGGGGUUUUGCUCUUUGAGGACAAGUAAGAAGCUCUGAACUCCUGGCUGGUAGGAGCAGAACUGCCUGCGUGACACAGAGGUGAACGACGACCAGCCAGAAAGAACGACGGGGCCAGAAAACGACCCACAGAAUGACGUUUGCCAGCUGGAGAUGCAGAUGCACACUUGGUACUCUGCUUUUCUUCCCACUGAACCCUGUGAACUCCUUGGAGACAGAAUAUAAUUUUAAAACAGAGGAACUUUCUCUUGAUAUGUUAUCCUACCCCCCACCCCACAAGCUGGAGAAGUGUUUUAUCAGAUACUACUGCGAGUUUUUUCUUUCUUUUUUUUUUUUUUUUUGAUGUUAUUAUUGAUACGCCUCCAUUUUAUAGGACUCACGGGCAUGGGUUAUGAAUUUGAGCUCAUGCACCAAAUCCUUUGACCAUGAGGUCUGUUUGACUUCCCGUGUACGCCGCUGCCGACUACAGUAUUCACCUGCCAAAGUGCUAAACUCACAGUCAAGGUUUAGGGCUAAGCUAACAGGGAGGUUUGAAGAGGUUAAUUUGUUCUGAUGAAGAAUAAAGUCAUAUUGUGUUGUGAACGUUAUUAAUACUGUGUGCCUUUCAGACUGUACCUGUGCCUCAGUGACUUUUUUGGGGUAAAAGCUUUAAACCUGCACCUGCUUUAUGGACCAUGAGUCCCCUGUCUCGACACAAUAAACCAAAACAUUACUCAACGUUGAGUAACAGUUAAUCCAUUAAUAGUUCAGCAAUCAAAGCUGACCUACCUGCACUCCAGAAGGUGUUCUCUGCUGUGAGGUUGGACUAGUUUUACAGAACGCUGGUGUCAGUGUCAAUAUCCCAUAUGAUCCAUGUACAUAUCUGCUUUAAAAAUCAUAGGAACCAUUAAAAGGUUCUGUUGGAACUGGUGGUGUCCAAUAGUCAGUAAUGGUAUUCUGUUUUCCUGAUGGGUUGAUGUCACAGUGUAAAGAUGCUCUGAUUCCAGAUGCAUUUGAUGGUUUCCUAAUGAGAUCUGCAGGUGUCCUUUAGCCAAUUCCCAUUAGAAUCAACAGCAUGAGGUUUAAUCCUAGUGGAUCUAAUGGUCUUUUUUAGAAGGGCAUGUCAAUACAUAAACAUCUACAAAAUGUAGGAAUUGGGACCAAAUCCUGGUUUAGCAAUACAGAGAAUAUAACGUCAUGUCUGCAGGUUUACAAGUGCAGUAAUAUGAAUAAAAUGCAGAUAUUGUUCUGCAGCAGCCCAUAAACCUAAUAUUUCUCCUGCUGAUUGCUGUAAGUUUAAUUAAAGAUUAUUUAACCCAUGUCUAGACACUUUUACUUGUUUUUAGUCAUUUUAUUAAGUAAAAUGAUCUCAUUGUGUUGGCAGAUUGUUUUGCUUGUUGCAAGAAAUGAGCUUGAAACCAGCAACAUUAUUUAUCAGUACAGUGAAAUUUUCCAUUUUACUUAAUAAAAUGACCCAAAACAGGUUAACAAUGUCUAGAAAUAAGCUAGAUAGUCUAAUAAGUGCACAACCAGCUCAAAAUGGUAAAUAUGAGACAUAUUGACUAGGUUUAAGAUCAUUUCACUUGACAAUAUCAAAUUUUUUGCAGUGUAUUGGAUUGAAAUAAAGGUCAAAUGCAAUCAUC